ACCUCCUUUCGCUUCAGUCCAUCGUAUUAAAAAUGCAAAAGAAGUGCUGUUGCUCUUCCGUCGCGAGGCUUUUCACAGUGAUGGCCGUUAUCUCAAUUUGCAUCGACGCCAAACCGGAUCCCCGGGCCGACCACCAAGUUGGGAGCGUCUGGCCACCUAACGUGAUGAUUAUGACGUCAGACGUCAAGCAGAGAGAAGACGCCCCAGCACCAAAGGUUUUUGAACCCGCAGGCGAAGUAAGCGUCUCAACACCUGACGUCAUUUUCACACCGACGUCAGACGACGACGCCGUAACGGAGAGCAUCCAAACGGACGCUGUUGACGCCCAAUUGGCCUCACCAGAGGACGCCAUCAAAGCCGAUGACGUCAUCACCGAAAGCGUCCCGACGACUGAUGAACCGAUUCUCCCAUUAAUUGCUGAUGUCAAAUCAACAGCAACUCUGGACGAAAUAAUUAUUACGCCAUCUGUUAUUCAAAGCGACGAUGGCGUCAGUGUUAACAGCACCGCGGAAAUCCGAGCUGAUCAAAUCGGCAAUUGCGUUUUCAAUUUGGCCGUCCCCAAUCGAAAUAUCCCGUCCGUCACCUACAGCACCAAUUGCGACUUUUGCAAUCACGACAUGUACACGCUGACGUGCAUCCCCAACGCCUUCGCUUGUGCUUCCUUGUGCGCCGGAGACCGACACUGCAGCCAUUUCACCUACGUCACCAAUCUGCUCGGCGGGACUUGUCGUUUGAAGAGCGCCCCAGGCGCGGGAGGCUCGUGGGCCUCCCGCAUCCAGGCCCCCUCGCCUUACGUCUGCGGGUACAUCGGGAAAAGAGCCUUCCAGAAUGUCCUACUUGGCCUCUGUCUUGCAUUGGAAAUUAACGUCAACAUUGAAUAAUUCCAAUUUGUCAUUUUAAUCGAUAACUAAUAUUCAUUCAAAUUAAAAGAUUAAUGAAUAGAUUAUUGGUAUUUGUUUUAAUAUUAAAUUUGAAUAUAACAGAAUAACGUAGUACAACUUAUACCAGCCACA